GGUUCCGGGGCUGCCCGGUAGGGUGUUGCGUGGGAUCCGGGCUUACGGGGGGGGAUCUCGGUUAGCCUCGUAAUGGCAGGCGACCAACUAGCGCCGCGCUGGAGGAAUUGGCUCUCUCUAGUGCCUAUUCAUUCCGCUAGUCGAGAAAAAUAAUUCGAGAUGCUCUUGGGCCAGCCGGGUACCGCUGACGCUCGAACCGGUCGUGCUGUGGGCCUUGCGGAGGAGAGAGCGCAAGGUCAAGCGCUGAGCAGUCGCUAGAACCUCGGGCUGAGAACUGCGCAUUAGUCUUCAAGGGGGGAUCCAGGCCUGGGAGAGCCUCACGACUGUGGAGAGCCUCAGGGCUGGCCGCAGCGCUGCGACCUGUUAGGCAUCAUUGAGCAACCCCUCCUCCCCGGCCGCGGCGGAGGCGCGAUGUGGGACCGCGCGGUCGAGUCGUGGAAGCACGUCAUCUCUCUCGACACAUUCGUCGCCGUGGCUUGGAUGCUCGUCUUAUGGUUCGCGAGCCAAGCAAUCCACCAGCGCGAGCGCAAGCCGCCGGAGGUCGAGGCCUUCGACGCCGGGCAGCCGUACUGGGCCGUGUCGCCCUUGCUCAAUAACGACUACAAGUCGUCGAGCGAGCAGAUCGUGCCGGCGUCGGUGCUGUUUGUCAUCUGCAGCGUCGUGCCGAUGGUCGUGUUUCUUGUGUUGUCGCUCUUCGACACGUGUACGCGAGCGACGGCGCUGCGGAUACAAGGCAUCGCGUACGCGUUCGGCGGAGCGGCCUUCUGCAUCGACUGCGUGAAGCGCUACUGCGGCUACUGGAGACCGUAUUUCUACGACCAGUGCGGCUUCGAUGCGGCGACGGGGAAAUGCACCGGCGACGAUGAAGAAGCGUUCAAGUCGUUCCCCUCGGGCCACAGCGGCCUCUCCAUGGUGACGAUGCUCUACACGUCCUACUGCAUCCUGGGCGCCUGUCGGCUGGGGAGACCACUGCGCGUCAAGGGCGUCGAUCUCGGCGGCCCGGCCGUGGUCGCCGGUCUCCUGCCCGUCGGCCUGUCGCUUUUCGUGGCGGCGUCGCGCGUCGUGGACAACGACCACUGGCCCGCGGACGUCGUGGGCGGCGCGGUCAUCGGCGGUGGCUUUGCGACGCUCUACUACCACCGCUAUUUUCCGAUUGUGUUCGAGGACUGCUCGCACCUACCGCGCGCCGCGUUCGCGUCCGUCCCGGCUCAGGGCUCCGGGGAGGAGGACCUCGUCGCGGGCGCCGCCACCGCGAGUGCAUGACACUGGCAUGUAAGAUACUUGUAUGAUUCACACGACUA